AAGAUUAUAUAAAAUAUAAAUGAAUUUAUGCAUUAUUGAAAAAUAUUGGAUAUAAACCUAAUAAUAACUAAAUAUAAAUGAUAAAAGAAGAGAAAAAAAAUAAAGUACCUAGCCAACAAUGCCGUCAAUAACCCGAAGGAAAAUUUUUUUUAAAAAUACAUAGAUAUGAAUAAUUAAUAAAAAAAUUAACUAUAGUUAUUUUGGAGGAUUAUUUGUUUAUAGUGGAGGUAGGAAAGUGAGCAUGACUAGACCUCAGAUGCUGAUUUCUAAUUUAUGAUUGGAAAUUUUCAUUUUCGGAGAUUAUGGUGAUAAGGCUGAUAAGAAGUAUGUUUCACAGAUUCUAUCUUUUAAAACCGCUAUGGUGUGCAUAAUAUGUCGAUGAGGAAUAUUUAGUAUUUCUUGGCCAGCGCUAGAAUGAUAGUGACCUCGGUAGGCUGUUCAAGCUUAAUAUCGAGCAAGUUACAAUGGACUUGAUAACGAUACUCCGGUAAGAUUUCCAUCGGGAUUGAUACCCCGCUGGGAGAUCAAGAUUGGGAUAUCUGUCGAUUUGAUACUUAAGUUUGAGGAAUACACCAGUGGGAUAUCUGUCGAUAUGAUUUGAUACAUCGGUAGGAGAUCAAGAUACUUUGACAACGAUAACGAUACUCCGGUAGGAUAUACAAAUGGAAUCAAUCAGAAAUAGAAAUAUAAAUUAGAUAAAAAUAGAUAGCAUGAAUAAUAAAGUGGAGAUAUAUAGUGAAGGAGCUUACCACCAGAAAAGGUGGAAGUAUCUUCGAAAGUUAUCGUGGGGUAUAUAGGAUCCUGGAACCAAUAUAUAUUAGAUAUAUCAGAUGUGAAUGGUAACCUGUAUACUCAUUUAGUUUAUAACCAUGUUGGAAUAUAUAGGGACGGAACAAUUAGAUUCUUUUAUGGGGUCAACUAACAACAGAUGCUUUGCAAACAUUUGCGUCAAACUGCAAAACUCUAAUACAGCAAUACGGAUUACAUGGGAUUGAUAUUGCUUGGGAAAAUCCAAUUGAGAGCGAAAAAGCUAGAUAUGAAAAUGUAUUAAAGAUUUUGCGACAAACACUAGGACCAAAUGCAGUAAUCACGGCAAAGGCUCCUACUAGUGUUAAAGAUUUUGAUGGAUUCGAUGAAGUAGCGAUGAAUAACUAUCUAGAUUAUGUAUUGUUGAUGACACGAUUUUCAUGAUCCCAUGUUUAAAAUGUUUACUCGAUAUAGCACACCUCUAUUUGGCGGACCUGAUACAAUUAAAGGAUGCGCUGAUGAAUGGAUAAAAAGAGUCUUGGAAACGAUAAAAUUGUAAUUGGGUUGGCAUUUUAUAGUAUUACUUGGAAAUUGAAAAAUUCAAACAAUAUUGGUGUUGGCGCAGAGUCACUAGGCCCUGGAUAUGGUGUUGAUAUAAGGUUGCCUUGGAAUUAUAUAAAUGUUGCAGCUUGGGACAGAUAUUGGGAUGACAUACCGAAAGUACCUUACGCUGUUAAAGGCAUACAGUGGCUGAGUUACGAUAAUGAGACGAGCCUGGAAGCUAAGAUUGAAUGGAUGUGUCAGAAAAACUAUCAAGGGGUGAUGAUUAACGAUAUAGCUAUGGAAAAGACCCAAACUCUUAUUCAAUUCGUCCGAAAUGCAAUAAACUACUAUUGCGGAGAAAGCACAACUGUUACCAACCCAGCAUCGACAACCACGGAGGAAUGGUAUACGCCGACUACGACCGAUAAUAACCCUGAUUGCAGUACGGAUACUGACACGAUAUGUAAUAACGGCCAAUUACUAGCAAAAUAUCCUCCAGAUUGCAACAAAUACGUGGAUUGUCGAGCGCAAGAACGUCCAAUAAUGAGUUUCCCAUCCGAUUUACAAUUUGACGAAGUUAACCAAUAUUGUGACUACGAAUAUAAUGUUCACUGUAUUCCUUGUGAAACCUCACAUAUUAGAUAAUAAAUUUUUAUUAAUUUAAAAAUUUUGUUAUUUUUCAAUAUUAGAUUUAGAAAAAGAAU